GACUGAUUGCGAGUGCGAAUCUCACGGUCAGAAUCUUUUUUCAUUUUUGCGGCUACUAGCCUUUUUUCCAUUGCAAAUCCACAAAACUCUUUUGCUUUUAAUUGGUUUUCCAUGAGGAACUUUUAGUCAGUGUUUCCCAUCUGUAUUUCAAGGUUCCAAAGGGAUUCGAGAUUUCAGCGCCUUACCCAAGCGCACCACAAUGGAAAUACCGAAAUCCGAAUUUUUUGAUGUGUCGACAUAUUCACGAUAUUCCGGCCCUGUCGAUGCUGCCAUCAUACCGCUGAUGUCGUAUCUGCUGCUGGGCGCCGGGUUUUUCUUCAUGGCUUAUUUCUUCGUGUACGAAGUGACAUCUACGAAAUCUUCGCGAGAACUGCGGAAGGAGAUUUUGGUUGCCACUUUGGCCGCUCUGUUUUUAGGAGUUGGCACAGUUUUCGCCCUUCUGCUUGUUGGAAUAUACGUUUAACAUUUCUGAACAGUGACGCUUUUUUCGUUUCCCUUUUUGUUGCGCUUGUUAAGGUAGUUUUCUUAUAAUUUUAGAGUCUAUUAAUUUGUCGACUGCUUUGCAAUCUGUUCGUUGUUUUUUCCAUGUGACCAGCAUGUCUGACUGAAAUUUUUGCAGUGUCCAACGUGCGGCAGUUUUAUAAGGACGUCACGUCAUUGUGAUGAACUUCUGGCUGUGCAGCCUGUGCUUGAAUUUCGAAACGGGCUCAUGUUGUCGAUAUUAAAACCUGCUUUUUAUUUUAUGUCAUUUUUAAGCAUAAAAAAUUAGUCAGA